AACAAAUCUGCCAUAAUUUCAUUCCUCGUGAUAGAUGGCUGAAAUGAGAGGGAGGGGGGGGGGGGGUGAUUCUUUUCCAGUGUAAGUCAGAGUGUGUUUCCUCUCCCCACGUCCUCCCGAAACCUUCCUUCCAAGCGCAAGAGUCAGCCCUUGCCGUGGGCCCUCCGUGGUCUGCCUCCUCCCCCGUCUCCUCUGGCUCCCUCUACUCUGGUGUGGGCUCCUUGCCUGCGCCAGGCACUUUCCUGCUUCAGGGCCUUUCCACCUGCUCUUCUGUCUGCCCCAAACCUCUUCUCCCCACUGUUCACCUGGCUUUUGCUCUCUCACUUUUUUCAGAAUUGAAAAUGCAGUUACUCUGAUUUCUGAUUUCAGUUGAGGAGCUCCUGUUGAGGAAGCUUGUAGGGCCCCUUGACAUCAUGCAUCUGCCUGUCAGUGUCUGUGUGUCUCCAUCCUGUGGAAUGUCAGCACCUCGUGCACAGGGACCUGGCACAUAGCAGGUGCACAGUUACUAUUACGGAAUGAGUACGUGUGCGUGCGUGAGCACAGUGUGUGUGUGUGUGUGUGUGUGUGUGUGUGUGUGUGUGGUGGAAACGGAGCGGGAAAGGACGGUGUGGCUAGAAGCUGGAGGGAAAGAACGGGCGUGGAUGGUGUGGAGAGUGGGGAUGCUCUCGGCGGGGACGUUGAUUAGAGACUUGAUUCAGGUUGAGCGGUCUCUGCAAUCUUCUCUCUUACUGCUGCGUUGAAGGGGAAGGCCGUGAUUUGGUGGUUUGAGGCAGGUGCAGAAGCACCUGGUGAAAUAUAAAGUCAGUCGACUUGGCCUCGGCCUAGCACGUGAACGUUGUCAAAAGCCUGGCCCGAGGCUGGAGCUGUGGUAGGCUAGAGGAAACCACAUGAGGCUGUUGAGAAAAGUGAGUGACCUGAGGAAAGCGGUGUUUGGGGAAGACUGGUCUUCGGGAGACACGCGGGACGACCGUUGGGAGCGUCUGAGGGGGUGAGGAAAGAGGCGACAAGGGUAAGGAUGUGGAGCAGAUGACCUCAGGGAGACGUGGCCAUGGCAGGAUGCUCCCCAGCUUCUGUGUGGCUGCCCUGACAAGGGCGUCCAGCACUCCCGGCUUGGUAGAGCUCAAAGUAUUGUCCGUGGCUUCAGAUGAGUUUUGGAAGCAGGUGGUUAGUGUAAGUAGGAGAGAGGGGAAGGGAAGGGUCCUCCUUAGGUUCAGGAGGUCGAUGGGCCUGGUGGUGUGAGGUCGUAUCCUGCACCGGGCCUGCGCUCACAGGCUGUGACUCGGGACUGGAGCCUUUCUUCUCUUCCUGCUCUGCUGUCUGAGAGCGGCUGUCCGUACUCCUGGCUUUUCUUCCGAAACUACACACAUACCAGAGGAGUAUCUGAAAUCCAUUUGUUCGAUCACCUUCUUUCAAGUUCAUUUUCUGUCUCCAUAGUUUUAUCUGUUUCUCAAAACAAAUUGUCUUUGACUCACAAACCCAUUUGGAUUGAAUUAAUUGACUGGAAAUACUUAUUUCUAAAUGGUUUCUGUUUCAUUAGGCCUCUAGCCUGUUUUUAAAAAGGCUUUUGCCAAGAUGAGAUCAGUGGAGGAGUGAUUUUGGUAUCAUCAGCUUCUCUGUGAUCUUUUGGUACAAGUUAUGUUUUGAGAUUGGCGUUUCUGAUGUGUUCAUUCCUAGAAUAAGUAUUUGAGUGCCUGCUAUGUGCCAGGCACUAUCUUAGGCCCUGGGAAACAAACAAAAAUCUUACCUUCAUGGGGCUCAUAUUCUAGUGUGUGUCGGCUUAUAGAUAACAAGUAAAAAUAAAGUAUGAGAGAGGGUGAAAAGUCUUAUGGAGAAAAACAAAGCAGGGAUGGAGGUUUGGGUGUGGAGGCAGAUUUUCUGUUUUAAAUACAGAAGUCAGGGACGUCUCACUGAUAAAAAGACACCUGAGCAGAGAUCUGCAGGAGUGGGAGAGAGGACCAUGCAGAUAUCUGAGGGAGGAGCAAGCAGGGUAGAGAGAAAAACAAGAGACAAAGUCCUUGAAGCCCCAGAAAGCUUGAGGGGUUUCAGGAUGAGCAGCAAGGAGGGCAGUGUGGCUGGGGCCGGAGUGGGGUGGGGAAAGUAUGGGAGAGGAGGCCUGAGUGGUCCUACUGGGCUUGUAAAUCCUACUGGGGACCUGAAUGAGAUGGGAGGCCUGGAGUAGCUGUGCAGAGCCACGGCGGACUCCCCCUUCUUUCUGGAAGCGUCACCCUGGCUGCCAGUAUUGAGGCCGGGGGGCUUCUGCAGUGGCUCUUGGCUAAGAGUGGGUGUUGGGGGUCUGAAUCAUCUGGAAGCCUCUCUUGGGCCAGCUUCUAGUCCAUCUGGGACUCUGGGGUCACCUGGAGCACAUGUGCCAUUUCUAGGACUCACGUGAGGCCGGUGCCAUUGUUCUGUAACCACCGGGUAGCUGUCACAGCUUCAGGUUCCUGGGCUCACUCCACUGCUACGUAGUCCAUUUCCAGGUGGGCCCAGAAGUCUGGACCAUGCUUUGGUCCACAGACCAUGGCUCUCAGCCCCAGAAACACCUGUCACCCUGUGGUGGUUUUAAAAAAUGCCUGGCCCCGCCCCUAAAGCUUCUGAUUCAGUUGGCCUGAUGUGGGCUUUAGGAUUAGCAGUGCUCCCAAGGUGUUUCUAAUGUGCAUCCAGACCCAGAAUCACUCCUUUAAGGAUAUUUAAAUAAGCCUUGUCCCUGGUACUUGAUGGAGACAUUGGAACGGGUAACUGUGAGUGAGAGACUCGAGCCCCUCUGGGACGGAGGGCCGGUCCCCUUGCCAGGAACAACAAAAAUCUUUCACAGUAAUAAAAACUCCUCGGUUUAUGUACUUUAUCUCAUUUCAUUACCUUACCUCUCUGGCCUCGGUUUCCUUGCUUGUAGAGUCAGUGGCUUAAAUUUAAUGGUCUUCUGGAGUCUCUCUGGCUCUGGCAGUUCCUAAUCUUUCAGGUGUCGGACGACCCUCUAAUGAGAACGAUGUUCUAGGACACUGUUUCUGAUCUGGGUCUUACAACACCCUCAGGUGCGCCAUAGUUACGGCAAGGGUCGCAGCGAAUGUCUCGACGGCAGGUUGAAGGGAGACGUGCGCCAUCUCCAGUGGCACCCUGGGAAGAGAGGGCGAUGGGAAACGUGAACGUGAAAUCCGACCUCCCAGUUCAGAGUUCCGGUGGAAGGACAGCUUGGCCCUUGGGGGGCGGACGGGAGCCUGAGCGUUUUUCUUGGCUCUGCCACUCACUGGAGGGUUCCUUGUGAAGUGGGAAUCAUGGUUUCUAAACUGUAAAGCUUCUGUAAAUCCAAGGGUCGUAGGGUGACUGGGGUGGGGUGGAGGGGGCAGCCAGCCUGGGUCAGUGAAGCCUGAUGCUGGGGUUUGCCGGCCUCUCUCUGUAGCCAACUGUGUCCCUGGCUACAGGGGACAGUUUGAGUAACCUGAUGGAACCCAGUGGCUGCAGGCUAAGGUUAACCUGGAGUGAAUGACCGGGCACGUUGACGGGGGCACCCCGGAGCUAACUUGCUUGGGACAUCUUGUGUAAAACACCCACCUACCCGGCGCCCCGGUCUCUGACCUUUGUCCUCAUUGGGGUAGCGCAGUGUCUGCUUCUCAGUUUACGUUUUGAACUGUGAUGUUCCAAUAAGAAAAAGAAAGUUCAGGGGGGAAAGUUUUUGUUUCCCUUCUGUAGAAUUGAGACAGUGCGUUUCCCUCCUUUCCCUUCUAAAUUUUUCCAUUAAUAUUGUCUCUAUCUCUCUUUAGAAUCCCAAGUAAAUGCUAGCCUUUCAAAGUUAAGACAGAAAUGAAGUCAAGCGAGAGAAUGCAGAAUUAAGAGUGCACGUGAGCAGAAUUUGAAAUGUGACUUUUCGUUCUGUCGUUUGUGGGCUCACAGAGCCGAGGGGCCAGUACCCAGUUUCUCCCCGCUGGCCGAUUAAACCCACGUUUCAGGGUGUUGUGGCCGAGCGUGAAGGAGUUUCUGAAGUUCUGAGGUGGUUCUGAUGCUCGGUGACCGUGAAGAUCACCGAGUUUAAAAAAAAUGGGUUCUGCCAGCUUUUUGGUAUCUUCUGUCAUUCUUUCCCCCUGCCCAGUGCUUGCCCUUCCUGCUCCUCCCCCCCUGUGCCGGUCCCCCCCCCCCCCCCCCACGUAUCUGCUGCGGUCCCUCUGCCCACUCCUGGGCCCUCUUCUUCCGCUCCAGCAGGCCUCCUGAGCUGUGUGGAGGGGUAGCCGGCCUUCCCUUCCCUUGUCUCUGUCCCCUGUGUGUGCUUCCAAGCAGCCUGACAUUUGCGGAUCCAGCAGCCUGCUGGGGCACUCUGACGUUGUGGCAUAAUACUUAACAAACACAUGCAUUUGCUGUGUUGAAGGCAGUGUUGUAAGAACUUUACAAAUGUUAACUCACUGAGUCCCUACAACAGUUUCCCAUUUUACAUAUGGGGAAACUGGGACACAGAUGUGAGCAAACCUCCGUAGGUCAAAUGGCUAGUGAGCGUGGCUGAGGUUGGAACCCGGGCAGAGUCUGUGCUCUGAACCACCACAUCAUGGCCGGGGAGGGCAGAUGGUCUGGGGCCCGCAGAAGUUUUAUCUUUGAGUAUGGGGCUUUGAGUUUACGUUUGGAGAGUUUUCUCAGGGUCUGACCUAGACUUUUAUUAUUGUGAUUAGCACCUUAACUUAGACAUUUGCCGUCAGGCCUAUUAAAAAACAUCUUCUUUUGUUUCUUUCCUUAGGUAGUGUUUGGAAACCAUGUGCCUAGGCAGAUGUUAUGCCUUUCUCCAUAACUCCACACUCCCAGCAACGCUCACCACACCCUUGUUUUGAGAACCUCUCUGAGUCAGUCCAGGAGGAAUCUGCAGACGUGUAUUUGGAAGCCACUGGACCAGAUCAUUUCUGAGGUCCCCUUCAGCUCUAACAUCCUCCCCUGCCAGCAUCCAGCCAUGGGGGAUAUGAAAACUCCAGAUUUUGAUGACCUUCUGGCUGCCUUUGACAUCCCAGAUCCCACCAGCCUUGAUGCCAAGGAGGCCAUCCAGACCCCCAGUGAGGACAAUGAGAGUCCCCUCAAACCCGCAGGCAUGUGUAUGGAUGAGAGCGUGUCCUUGUCUCACUCAGGAUCAGCCUCAGAUGUGCCGGCCGUGAGUGUCAUCGUCAAGAACACCAGCCGCCAGGAGUCGUUCGAAGCGGAGAAGGACCACAUCGCUCCCAGCCUCCUCCACAAUGGAUUCCGGGGCUCAGACCUGCCUCCAGAUCCCCACAACCUGGGUCACAACUGUGGGAAAUUUGAUUCAACUUUCAUGAAUGGUGACAGUGCCAGGAGUUUCCCCGGCAAGCUAGAACCUUCCAAGUCAGAGCCGUUACCGACCUUUAACCAGUUCAGUCCAAUCUCCAGCCCAGAACCUGAGGAUGCCAUCAAAGAUAAUGGGUUUGGAAUGAAGCCCAAGCACUCUGACGGUUAUUUUCCACCCCCUCCUGGGUGUGGGCCUGUGGGGGGCCCAGUCCUGGAGGCUCUGGCAAAGUUUCCGGUCCCAGAGCUGCAUAUGUUUGAUCACUUUUGUAAGAAAGAGCCCAAGCCAGAACCUCUGCCCUUGGGGAGUCAGCAGGAACACGAGCGAGGUGGGCAGAAGGUGGGGGAGCCUCACAAGGAGCUGGAUGCCAGUCGAUUCUUUGGGGAAGCUUUGGAAUUCAACAGCCACCCCAGCAACAGUAUUGGAGAGCCUAAGGGGCUUGCCCUGGAGCUUGGCACCUGCUCGUCAGUCCCCCCUAGGCAGCGUCUGAAGCCAGCUCAUUCCAAGCUGUCCUCUUGUGUCGCAGCCUUGGUGGCCCUGCAGGCCAAAAGAGUGGCCAGUGUCACCAAGGAGGAUCAGCCUGGCCACACAAAGGAACCCUCAGGGCCCGCUAAAGAGGGCUCCAAAGGCAGCCCCAAAAUGCCCAAGUCACCAAAGAGUCCCCGGAGCCCCCUGGAGGCCACUAGAAAGAGUAUCAAGCCCUCGGACAGCCCUCGGAGCAUCUGCAGUGACAGCAGCAGCAAAGGCUCCCCUUCGGUGGCUGCCAGCUCCCCACCAGCAAUUCCCAAAGUCAGGAUCAAAACCAUUAAGACGUCAUCGGGGGAAAUCAAACGGACCGUCACGAGGAUCCUGCCGGACCCUGACGAUCCCAGUAAGUCCCCCGUUGGGUCCCCUCUAGGGAGUGCCGUUGCCGAGGCCCCGAGCGAGGUGCCAGAGGAUGAGGUCACGGCCUUGCCGGCGGUGGAGCGCUCUCCGGAGGCGGGCGCAAACGCCGGGAGCCCCCAGGGUGACAAGAAGGGGGACGAGAGCGCGCCGAAGGCCAGCGAAUCUUCGUCUUCCUGCUGCAGCUCCGGGGCUCGGGCCCCAAAGGGGGCUGCCCCCGGCCCGCAGACGGGCAGGAAGCAGCAGCAGAGCGCGGUGCCUCAGGCGUCCGCGCCGGCCCCCGCCAGCCUCCUGCCCAAGGCCGUGCACCUGGCCAACCUGAACCUGGUCCCCCACAGCGUCGCCGCGUCGGUCACGGCCAAGUCCUCCGCGCAGCGGCGGAGCCAGCCGCAGCUCACCCAGAUGUCCGUGCCCCUGGUCCACCAGGUGAAGAAGGCCGCCCCGCUGGCCGUGGAGGUCUUCAACAAGGUCCUCCACAGCUCCAACCCCGUGCCCCUCUACGCGCCCAAUCUCAGCCCGCCCGCGGACAGCAGGAUCCACGUGCCGGCCAGCGGGUACUGCUGCCUGGAGUGUGGGGACGCGUUUGCCUUAGAGAAGAGCCUGAGCCAGCACUACGGCCGGCGGAGCGUCCACAUCGAGGUGCUGUGCACGCUGUGCUCCCAGACGCUUCUCUUCUUCAACAAGUGCAGCCUGCUCCGGCACGCCCGCGACCACAAGAGCAAGGGGCUCGUCAUGCAGUGCUCGCAGCUGCUCGUGAAGCCCAUCUCUGUGGACCAGAUGUUCGCGGCCGCCCCCGCGAACUCCCCGGCCCCGGCCGCCCCCGCCGCCGCCGCCCCCGCCGCCCCCGCUUCCCCCAAACACGGCCCGGCUCCGGGCGGUGCCGGCCCGGCCCUUCCGGCUCUGCCGCUCUACCCGGACCCCGUGAGGCUCAUCCGGCACGGGAUCAAGUGUCUCGAGUGUCACAGGCAGAUACGCGACUACAUGGCCAUGGCUGCGCAUUUCCAGAGAACGACGGAGGAGACCGAGGGGCUGACCUGCCAGGUGUGCCAGAUGCUGCUGCCCAACCAGUGCAGCUUCUGUGCCCACCAGCGGAUCCACGCCCACAAGUCCCCCUACUGCUGCCCGGAGUGCGGGGCCCUCUGUCGCUCGGCCUACUUCCAGACCCACGUGAAGGAGAACUGCUUGCACUACGCCCGCAAGGUGGGCUACAGGUGUAUCCACUGCGGGGUCGUCCACCUGACCUUGGCCUUGCUGAAAAGCCACAUCCAGGAGCGACACUGCCAGGUUUUCCACAAAUGUGCAUUCUGCCCCAUGGCCUUCAAGACUGCCAGCAGCACCGCGGACCACAGCGCCUCUCAGCACCCCACCCAGCCCCACAGACCCUCCCAGCUCAUUUAUAAGUGCUCCUGUGAAAUGGUCUUCAACAAGAAGAGACACAUUCAGCAGCAUUUUUAUCAGAAUGCCAGCAAGACGCAGGUGGGCGUCUUCAAGUGCCCUGAGUGCCCACUGCUGUUCCUGCAGAAGCCGGAGUUGAUGCAGCACGUCAAGAGCACCCACGGUGUUCCCCGAAACGUGGACGAGCUGUCCAGCCUCCAGUCUUCGUCGGACACGGCCUCGAGCCGGCCUGGCUCUCGAGUUCCCACCGAGCCCCCGGCCGCCAGCGUGGCCGCUCGGGGCAGCUCCCUGCCCUCUGGCCGCUGGGGCAGGUCCGAGGCCCAUCGCAGGACCGAGGCCAGGCCCCGGCUGAGGAACACUGGCUGGACCUGCCAGGAGUGUCAGGAGUGGGUUCCUGAUCGGGAGAACUACGUGUCCCACAUGAAGAAGAGCCACGGUCGGACGUUGAAGCGGUACCCGUGUCGGCAGUGUGAGCAGUCCUUCCACACCCCCAACAGCCUGCGCAAACACAUCCGCAACAACCACGACACCGUGAAGAAAGUCUACACUUGCGGGUACUGCACAGAGGACAGCCCCAGCUUUCCUCGGCCCUCCCUUCUGGAGAGCCACAUCAGCCUUAUGCAUGGUAUCAGAAACCCUGAUUUGAGCCAGACGUCCAAAGUCAGACCUCCGGGUGGACAUUCCCCUCAGGUGAGCCAUCUGAAAAGACCGGGCAGCGGAGCCGGGGACUCUCCGGGCACCAGCAAUGGCGCGGCCGUCUCUUCCACCAAAAGGCACAAGUCCCUGUUCCAGUGUGCGAAAUGUAGCUUUGCCACAGACUCGGGGCUCGAGUUUCAGAGCCACAUACCUCAGCACCAGGCGGACAGCUCCACGGCCCAGUGUCUCCUCUGCGGCCUGUGCUACACCUCUGCCAGCUCCCUCAGCCGCCACCUCUACAUCGUCCACAAGGUGAGAGACCAGGAGGAGGAGGAGGAGGAGGAGGAGGAGGAGGAGGAGGACGCGGAGGCGGUGGCGGAGGCCGCGGAGCCAGAGGAGGGCUCCGGGGAGGAAGUGUCCAUGGAGACCAGGGAGAACGGACUGGAAGAAGGUGCCGGAGAGCCUUUGUUGGGCGACACAGAGGCGAGGUCGCCAGGCCCGGCUCCUGAGGAGGACGGAGCCCAGGACGCUCAGAGUCAACCACAGGCCUCUCAGGACCAGGACGGCCACGCUCCGUCCCCUCAGGUGUGACCAGAGGCGUGGCAGCGUGCGUGGCCGGAGGGGUGCCCCGGGCGUCCUCCGUCUGCCACGGGGACGGUGGGAGACAUGAGGCUCUGCCCCGGUGUGCCCUGGAGCAGUGCCCGCCCUGAGCUGUGGGGUCUGGGUGUCCCCCAGCCCCGGGGCAGUGUGCGGUCACCCGGGACCCUGACAGCUCUGAAUUUGCUUCUGUUAUUUAUGGCUUUGUGCUGCUUCUUGGUACCCCAGCUCUUGUCUGUGUCCUUCCAACCCCAGGCCGCAUACGUCUUGGCCUGAAACCCCUGGGCGCUGUGCUCUUCCGGGAGGUCCCCGCCCGCUGCCUGCAGCCAGGGCUCCCCCGGGAGCUCUCGCGGGCUGCGGACCGGCCGCUCUGCUUCCUGCCAGCGGAGCCGGAGCCGGAGAAGGGGGUGAGGCUGCCGGCGCGGUCCUUCUGGGGAGCUCCGCCCGGGCUGGCCUGCGGAGGGCCCUCAAUCACCCUGCCCUUCCUGCCUGUCUUCUCGGAUUCUUUUCCCCCCAAAACGGUCCUGGAGAAUUGUCACCCGGGCCCCUCCUGUCUGUGCGGGUGGGAGAAGGUUGUGCAGCACGCUGGUGUUUGGACCCCGGGAGGGCGGGCGCCGCGGCCCAGGCAGGCAGGCACCGAGAGGCACACCCCCUUCAGAAGGAGCCGUGCGCCCCUGUUCUGCUGCUGUUCCGCCUUUCCUGACAAGUGGGCUUGGGGGCACACGGACACUGGGAUCUUUGUACUCUCGCUCCUGUGCCAUUAGAGAGGCCGCCGCUCUGGGCAGGCCGGCCCCUCCUCCUCCUGGCUAUACUCCUGUUGCUCAGACUACAUUUCAAAUAAAAACUCUUCUUACCAUG